AUGACUUCACAUAAUGGUGUUUCAUGUGAUUCAUGUAUGAAAACAAAUUUUCCCGGUCGUCGUUAUAAAUGUUUAUUAUGUGAUAAUUAUGAUCUUUGUGGUUCAUGUUAUGAUAUUGAAGCUGAAAGUCAAAAUCAUAAAAAUGAUCAUCCAAUGCAAUGUAUACUAACUGAAACAGCUUCUGAAUUAUUUUAUGCUGGUGAAUCUAUUUCUCGUCGAACAGUUGUUUCAUUAACAUGUCCACAUUGUGGUCUAUCCGGUUUUAUUCCACGUACAUUACUUACACAUUGUAUUGAAAAACAUUCAUCAACAUCAAUACAAAACAAAAAUAGUCAAGUUGUUAUGUGUCCUAUUUGUGUAACUUCUUCAUCUCAUGGAAAUCGACCUCGUUUUGUUCUACUUGCUGAUCAUAUUGCAACAGUACAUGAUGAUGGAACCGGUGGCGGCGGUGGUGGUGGUGAUGAAGAUCUAUUAGUUUCAUCAUCUACUACUCAAGCACGACAUGGUGAAAAUGAAGAAGAAGAUUCUGACGAAGAUGAAGAUGAUGAAGAACCAAAUUUAUAUGAUCUUGAACAUCGAGCAUUCAUUGAAGAAGAACAUCGACGUCAAGAAGCUGCUCGUCAAAGACUUGCACAUGCAUCAUCAUUAGCAGCAGUUGUUAGAAAUGAUUAUGCUGCAGCUUUAAGUGGAAAUUCAAAUUCACAACGACGUCCUCUUUCAAGACAAACAGCAAUUCGAGGUUCACGAGGAAGUUUACGAGGUCAUUUCAAUAAUUUUCCUUAUGGUGCUGUACCUCGUACAACCACUGGAUUUGCUUCGGGUACAUCACUUCGUAAUCCAACGGGUACAUCAGCAGGAAGUUUAAAUUCAAAUACAGCAUCAAAUGAUCCAUAUGCUGCUUUUGUCUUUAGUCAAGAUCCAAUGCUUGAAUUUGUUUCACGACUUGUUAAUAAUCAACAAUCAUCAACAACACCACCAAUUAAUUCAUCAAACAGUCAAUUCUAUUUUGCACCAUCUAUUCCAAUUCAUGCUCCAUCAUCGGCAACUGCAUCAUCUGAUUUUGCACGUAUACAACAACAAAUAGAAAAUAAUGAAUCAAUAGUUCAGAUAAAAUCAACGCUAUUGAACGCUAAACAAAAACGAUCUAGUCAUGCUCAACAACAACAACAGUCAUCUUCACAACCAGUGAUUAUAACUCAUCCAUCGGGAUAUGAUUAUCAAUUAUGGCAACAACAUUUCCCAGCUUUACAACCAGCAUUCAAUAAUCCAAAUUUUCUAACUGGAAUUGUUCCAAAUGAUUCAGUAGUAGGAAACAGUAAUAUAUCUCAUUCUUUUUCUAAAAAUUCUCAACAAUCUUAUCGUGAAUAUGAUCCACGAUCGUUACUCGGCAAGACAUUACGAAAUGAUCAUGAUGUAAAUAAAGAUGAAACGAAUGAAAUUCGUACACAACAACAACAACAAGAUCAUGUAUCAUUUUUACAAUCAAUUUUACUUUCAACAAUGAUUACAAGUGUAACCGAUGAACAAAAUGAGAAGCAACUAACUAUUAACAAAGAAAAUCAUUUUUAA